CGCCCGGGCGGUUCUGGGAUAGCGAUGGGGACGCCUGGGUCCUCGGCCGGCGCUCUGCUUCUGCCCUCCGCGUCCGCGCCCCCGAGGAAGCGCGCGGCCGGGGAGGCCGGAGUUGCGAGAAGCAAGCAGCGGGUCCUGGAUGAAGAAGAGUACAUUGAGGGACUCCAGACAGUCAUCCAGAGAGAUUUCUUCCCUGAUGUGGAGAAACUACAGGCACAGAAGGAGUACCUGGAAGCUGAGGAAAAUGGAGAUUUGGAGCGUAUGCGCCAGAUCGCCAUCAAGUUUGGCUCUGCCCUGGGCAAGAUAUCUCGGGAACCUCCACCACCCUAUGUGACUCCAGCCACCUUUGAAACUCCUGAGGUCCAUGCAGGCCCCGGUGUGGUGGGCAGCAAGUCCCGGCCCCAGGGCCGAGACCUAGAUGAUGCAGGAGAGGUUAGAGAUGAGGAGGAGAAGGAGCCGCUGCCCAGCCUGGAUGUCUUCUUGAGCCGCUACACAAGUGAGGACAAUGCCUCCUUCCAGGAGAUCAUGGAGGUGGCCAAGGAAAAAAGCCAUGCCCGUCAUGCGUGGCUCUACCAAGCUGAGGAGGAAUUUGAGAAGCGACAGAAAGAUAAUCUUGAACUCCCAUCGGCAGAACACCAAGCCAUUGAGAGCAGUCAGGCUGGAGUGGAGACCUGGAAGUACAAGGCCAAGAAUUCUCUAAUGUACUAUCCCGAGGGUGUCCCAGAUGAAGAGCAGUUAUUCAAGAAGCCGCGGCAGGUGGUACACAAGAACACACGUUUCCUCCGAGACCCCUUCAGCCAGGCCCUGAGCAGGUCCCAGCUGCAGCAGGCAGCUGCCCUGAAUGCCCAGCACAAACAGGGCAAGGUUGGCCCUGAUGGCAAGGAGCUUAUUCCUCAGGAGUCUCCCAGAGUGGGUGGCUUUGGAUUCGUUGCCACUCCUUCUCCUGCCCCUGGUGUGAAUGAGUCACCACUGAUGACGUGGGGAGAAGUUGAGAACACACCACUGAGAGUCGAAGGGUCAGAGAGCCCCUAUGUGGACAGGACACCAGGACCAACGUUCAAGAUCUUAGAGCCGGGACGCAGGGAGCGUCUGGGCUUGAAGAUGGCCAAUGAAGCAGCUGCCAAAAACCGAGCCAAGAAGCAGGAAGCGUGGCGGAGAGUUACGGAGAACCUGGCCAGUCUUACUCCCAAAGGCCUGAGCCCAGCCAUGUCCCCAGCCCUACAGCGCCUCGUAAGCAGGACAGCCAGCAAGUACACAGACCGUGCCCUGCGGGCCAGCUAUACACCAUCCCCAGCACGCUCUACCCACCUCAAGACCCCAGCUGGUGGGCCGCAGACCCCAACGAGCACACCAGCCCCUGGGUCUGCCACACGUACACCCCUCACACAGGACCCAGCCUCCAUCACAGACAAUCUGCUGCAGCUCCCUGCCCGGCGCAAAGCUUCAGACUUCUUUUAGAGCCAGGCCUGGCUGGAAUUGUGGAUGCUUUGUGGGACACUUUGUGGAACGUGUAAGGCAGCUGUCUACUCCUCAGAGAACUCCAGGCCUUGGAGACCCAGACCACAAGCAGUUGAUUAUCCCUGGAACCACAAGUAUAUAGUCUGUGCCAUGGCCAGGUUGACACAUUAUCCUGACCACUCUCUAGGGAGUAUAGCAUUGGUGCUAUUCCCCAGGGCCCUGCUGAAACUGCCUUCUAGCCAACCCCCAAGUGAACUCUCAUUAAAGAACACCUGGCACUGUCUGGCCGGGCUUCUGAUCCAUGUCGUGGGGCCUACCUGGGUGUCUCGGGCCCUCAGGGUCAGAAGCCAGGGGCUUUAUGAGGGGAAACUGCAUAGCCCACAGAGCUGCCUCCUGUGCUGAGAUCAUACCUGGGCCUUCCACUGUGAAGGUAACACAAAUCCCAAAAGUUGCGCCAUUGAGCUGAUGUGUGUCUGGGUCGAGCUCCACUGCCUCCCAGCCAGGGCUGACUGUUAAGUUUGUUGGUUACAGGCUCAGGCAGGCCCUGCGUAUCAAGCUCACCAGGACAAGUCUCUUUUCCUGUGGCUUCAGCUGUUACCUCCCAGCAAUCUGGCUUCCAGCCCAGGGAGGGCUAGGCUGCCUCCCUGUCCCACUCUGUGCUUACCCAGUAUUCUUGGCACUGCCUGUUGGGCUCUGCUGAGACACCAGCCUUAUAUCAGCCUGGGCUGAUGUAGGAAAAGAGCAAGUGUGGGCUCCCUGCAAACCUGCAGAUGCCAGCAGCAGGCCAUUUGCCUAUGGAAUAAAGUUAACUAGCCCUCGGUGACCAACUAACCCUCAGGAGGCCAAGUAGGACUUGUGAGCAUAUGCCUACAGAGCUGCAGGGUCCCUGCUCUCUGGACCUAUGCUCUCUGGACCUAACAGAGUUCAAGACUAUAAUCUAAUUCCCCAGCCAGUGGCCUUCAGGCCACAGUGAUGCCUAGUCUCUGAGCAGCCCAGGGCUUAAACGCACCUGACUCUUUGAUUCCAUGAGAGCCACAUUUUCCAGUCUGCUGGCAUUGGUCCCCUCGGGCCUCUGCGCUCAUGUUCUCUGGAGACAGCCUAGGUUGGGCACCUCCUGCCCAGGGCCUUGUCAGUUUGACACAAUCAAGAGUCACCUGGGAAGCAGGCCCACUCCUCAGAUUGGCCUGAGGGCACGUCUGUGUGCAUUUCUUGAUUGGGGGUCAAUACAGGAGGGCAGGGCCCAGCAGUGACAUCCCUGAACAAGUAGUCCUGGCUUGAGCAAGACAGUAAGCUAGAGAGGAAACCAGGAAGCAGCACUCCUCCAUGGUCUCUGCCUCAGCCUCUACUUGAGUUCCUGCUCUGGCUUCUCUCAGUGAUGGACUGUGACCUGAAAGUGUGAGCUCAAAUAAACCGUUUCUUCCCUUAA